CUCUCUCUCUCUCUCUCCGAACAAGCAACAGAUGACAGCUAUACACUGAGGGAGGGAAAAAAAGCAAGCUUCUUCGCUACCAGGCAGUAUCUGACCCAGAUCUGUGGAGCCGAGCGGAGCCGCUUCCGAGAGGGAUAAAUAAGCACCUCCAAGCUCCAGUGGCACAAUUGCCAGAACAAGCAACGAGUUGGGGCACCGGCCUUGGAGGGGCAUCCGCGUGCCCAGCGGUGGGUGUGUGAGCCAGCCGUUCCGUCAGCGGAGGAGUCAGAAAGCAGAGGCAGUGGCACCGACUGCGCCGCUGCCCUCUAGGAUUUCCAGCCGGGGAAGGAGGCACCCCGCGGGGCACCCCUCGCGGGACCGGAGUUGCGAAGAAGAGGGGGAGAGAGAGAGAAAGGGAGACCCGAAGACCAGAGGAUGCUGCUGCUCCCGCUGUGGCUGCUGCUGCCGGAGGUGGUGCUCCUGGUGCCGGCGCAGAAGGUGUCCGCGCUCACGUUUUUAAGGGUCGAGCAAGACAAGGACCAAAAAUGCAGCCAGGAUUGCACAGGUUCGCCCCAAAAGUCACUGUGUGCUUCAGAUGGCAGGACCUUCUUGUCCAGGUGUGAAUAUCUGCGGGCAAAAUGUAAAGAUCCUCAGCUACGAAUUGAGUACAAAGGCAACUGCAAAGAUGUUUCAAGAUGUGUGGCAGAGAGGAAGUACACUCAGGAACAAGCUCGCAAGGAGUUCCAGCAAGUGUUUAUCCCAGAAUGCAAUGAUGAUGGCACUUACAGCCAGGUUCAGUGCCACGUUUAUACAGGCUAUUGUUGGUGUGUGACUCCAAAUGGUCGUCCAAUCAGUGGUACAGCUGUAGCACAUAAAACUCCACGUUGCCCAGGAUCUCUAAAUGAGAAGCUGCCCCAACGUGAAGGUACAGGAAAAACAGAUGAUGCUUCAGCUCCUGCACUGGAGACUCAGCCCCAAGGUGAUGAAGAAGAUAUAGCUUCUCGUUACCCUACAUUAUGGACUGAGCAAGUAAAAAGCAGACAGAAUAAGACCAAUAAAAAUUCUGCAGCAUCAUCAUGCGAUCAAGAACUCCAGUCAGCAUUAGAAGAAGCUAAGCAACCUCAAAAAGACAAUGUGUUCAUUCCAGAAUGUGCUAAUGGUGGCCUUUAUAAACCCGUGCAGUGCCAUCCCUCCACAGGAUACUGCUGGUGUGUCCUUGUGGACACUGGACGCCCGAUUCCUGGCACAUCAACAAGAUAUGAACAACCCAAGUGUGAUAACAGUGCCAGAGCUCAUCCAAGCAAAACAAAAGAUUUGUUCAAAGGGCGCCAGCUUCAAGGUUGUCCAGGAGCUAAGAAGAAUGAGUUCCUGACCAGUGUUCUGGAUGCGCUGUCCACAGAUAUGGUGCAUGCAGUCUCUGACCCUGCUGCAUCUUCUAGCAGGCUUUCAGAACCAGAUCCCAAUCACACCCUGGAGGAGAGAGUGGUCCACUGGUACUUUAAACAACUGGAUAAAAAUGCUAGUGGUGACAUCGGCAAAAAAGAAAUCAAACCAUUUAAAAGGUUUCUGAGGAAGAAAUCCAAGCCCAAGAAAUGUGUGAAAAAGUUUGUGGAAUACUGUGAUGUGAAUAAUGAUAAAUCCUUGACAGUUGCAGAAUUAAUGGGUUGCCUGGGUGUAACAAAAGAAGACAAUAAAGCAGACACGAAGAAACGCCAUACUCCAAAAAGCAAUGCUGAAAGUACUCCUUCCAGUAGACAGCAAACCUCAAAGAAGCAAGGCUAAACCAUAUACGAAACAAAUCUCUCAGACCUGCGGGAGACACUCUCAGC